UUGCGGUUCCCGCCCGGCGCGGGGAGCAGCGCCAAAAUGGCGGCGCCCAUGAACCGGGAGAGCGUCCACGAGCCCGGCGCGGCUCCCUACGGGAACUUCCCAAAUUACUCCCGGUUCCACCCGCCCGAGGGGCGCGUCAGCCUCCUGCCCCAAGGGCUCCUGGGCAGCCUCUUCCCCGCGGCCACCCGCCCGCUCCUCGGGCUCGAUGUGGGCUGCAACUCCGGGGAGCUCAGCGUGGCUCUGUACCAGCACCUCCUGGGGCUCCAGGACGGCAAUUCCAGCACGGAGCUGCCGGGAGCCGGGAAGGAGCUGAAGCUGCUGUGCUGUGACAUCGAUCCCGAGCUGAUCCAGAGGGCCCAGCAGAGCAGCCCCUUCCCUGCCUCCAUCUCCUUUGCCAGCCUGGACAUAAUGGAUUCCAGGGCCAGGGAGCCCUUCCUGAGCUCCUACCUGCAGCGCUUCGGCCGCUCCUCCUUUGACAUCGGCUUCUGCAUGUCGGUGACCAUGUGGAUCCACCUGAACCACGGGGACAGGGGCCUGCUGGAGUUCCUGGCCCUGCUGGCCUCGCUGUGCACGUUCCUGCUGGUGGAACCACAGCCCUGGAAGUGUUACCGGGCGGCCGCGCGCCGGCUGCGCAGGCUGGGCCGCAGCGACUUCGAGCAUUUCCGCAGCCUGCGCAUCAAGGGGGACAUGGCCGAGAGCAUCACCCGCAUCCUGACCCAGCAGUGCGCCAUGGAGCUCGUCUGCAGCUUCGGGAGCACCAGCUGGGACAGGAGCCUGCUGCUCUUCAAAUCCACCAGCGCCCAGCCCGAGGGCUCCCCCUGAGAGCGGCACAUCCCGGGGUGAGGAGGCUGAUCUGGGAAUUCCUAAAUCCCUGCCAGGACCAGGCCUUGACCUCCUGGGGGAGUGCAAGGCAAGGAAUGUCUGGGACUGAUUUUUUUAACCUGUUUUUCUGGGGUGUGAUGUUGUUCAAGGAAGUGCUCCUGGAAUCUAAGUUCCUACAUGUGCUUUCCAAGAAUAUUCUCUGGAAUAACGGGGAAUGUGCCCAAGGAAAUGUAGAAUGUCCUGAUUGGAGUGGCCUCACAAGGAUUCUCGAGUUCAGCUCCUGGCCCUGCACAGGACAUACCAAAAAAAAUCCCAUUAAUCCCAAAAUCCUGAUGCCAAAUUAUCCAGACAUUCCAGAACUGCUGGAAUAUCCAGAGCUGAAAGGGACCUUGGAGGAUCAGAGUCAUGGAACACCUGGAGUUGGAAGGAUCCUGGAUCAUGGAGUCCAGCUCCUGCACAGGACAUGCCCAAAUCCCACCCAGUGCCUGAGAGUGUUGUCCAAGCACUCCCUGCCCUCCAGAAUUAUGGAAUAAUCAGAGUUGACAGGGACCCCCCAGGAUCACAGAGUCAUGGAGUACUCUGAGUUGGAAGGGACCCCCAAAGAUCAUCAACUACAGCUCCUGGCCCAGGACAACCCAAAAAUCCCCCUGAUCCCAAAAUGCCAGCACCCUGAGCUCUGGCUUCUUGGGGCUGCCACCAUUCCCUGGGCAGCUGCUCCAGUGCCUGAUGAGGAACCUUGUCCCAAAAUCCACCCCAAACUCCCUGCAGGGGUUUGGGUUGGGUUUGAGGCACCUGCAGGACAAUCCCCUCCCUGCACCCAACAGCCCUGGCUCGACUCUCCUGGGACAGGGGUUCAUCCCUGAUGGUGAGUGCUUUGGGAAUAAUGGCCUUGGAAUAAAAAUCACUGAAUUUUAUCCCAAA